AUGUUUGGAAUCUCUGGCUACUCCGAGUCGGAUGGCUUCAACGACUUUUUCCCCGAGGACAACGACAUCUUCGACAAGUUCAUCGACGUGGACGGCAACGCCAACGACUCGCAGAACCACGCAAUCUCCCACAACACCCAUGUCAUCUCCGCCACCAACAACAGCGCAAACAACAACACCGCGGCCAUCAACGCCAACAUAGCCGAGUCCUUCCAGCAGCCCGUUGACCUCAUGGGCAUGCUACUGUCCGGCCAAAAGAAUGUCAACCAACAGACCCGCAUGGACAACUCGCACUGGCGACGGCAGAACGUCCCCCAGCAGCAACAACAGCAGCAGAAGCCCCCCGCCCAUUUCAGCCCCUCGGUGGCACCUACCGUGGCCACCUCCAGUGUGAAUGUGGAGUUUGGGCUGCUCAGCCCCGAUGAUGGACUGGAUUCGCAGUUUGGCUCGGUCAACACCAACAGCUCGUCCUUCCAGCCAGUCUUCUCGAAGUCCAACUCCUUCUCCAACGAGGCCACACCGUCGGGACUGGAUAUGACCCCCCAGUCCAUCGUUGACUCGCCCGAGGAGCCCAGCAAUAACACCGGCAAGGGAGGCAUGUUCCAGAUUGGUUCGUAUGACACCCCCAGCGGCAUGGCCCAGAGCUUUGGAGCCUACAACAACGCCAGCGGCAUGAUGGGCGGAGCUAACAAUAACGGAAAUGCCAACAACUCGACGACAAACCUGGCCGACAACCUAUUCACCAACAACCUGCACAACUCACAACCGUUCGGCUCGUACAACCCCAGCGCAUCGUCGUCCUCGCACCUACAUAGCCAGCUCAGCAGUAUACCCCAGGGACAGCAGCACAACAGCACCGGUGGAGGAACUGGAGGAGGAAUGGGAGGAGGAAUGGGAGGUAUGGCAGCGUCUGCCCCCGCAGACAACUCGUUCCAUUUCGCUCUGGACCCAUUGGCUGUCGAGGGUAUCGACUUCUACCAGGAAAACUCUAUGCCUUCUCACCAGAGCCAAACGCAUCUAUCUGCACAGCAGAGAUCUCGCUCCAACUCCAUUCGAGGCGGUCCUAUCCGACGAAACCGGUCGUCACACUUUUCCUCUCCCUACUCUGCAUCUCCCAACGUCCAGUUCCAGACUUUUGCGUCCUCUGGCCACCACACUCCAAAUGCCAGUGUGCCAUCAUCGGGAGCUUCCACCCCCGUGGAAGAGCCUCUGUUCUUCGACCCCUUCCGAAGCAACAACAACAACGCUCUGACCAACCCUCACUCGCUGGCUAACUCGCUCAGCAGCACAGCCAUUGCCCCUCCUCGAGAAGCGCGGUUUUCGGUUUCUUCCGCCUCGGCGAUGGCCUCGGAGUCGCCCUCUCCCGAGCAGAGCACAGCUGCCACUUCAUACCAUUCGGGCGUAAAUCUCUCGUCGCCACACAAGCAGCUGCUGCCUAAGGUGGCAUCCUGCCGGUCAAUGACCACCUCCAUGGGCUCCAACCUGCGACCAAUCAAGCGGCAAAACUCGUCGUCUACUAACCUCCGAAAGGUUUCCACCUCGGCCUCCUCCCAGACGCUGUCUGCCAUGUCUACAUCGUGUCCCUCCAACAAGGAAGCGCUGCAGUGCUCCAACUGCAACACAACCACCACUCCUUUAUGGCGACGGUCUCCUGAGGGAGAGUCGCUUUGCAACGCUUGUGGUCUGUUCCUCAAGCUGCACGGUGUUGUCCGGCCUCUUUCUCUCAAGACAGACGUGAUCAAGAAGCGAAACCGAGCCUCUGGAACCGGCACCACCUCGGGCAACUCGUCGUUAUCUUCUUCGCUGACCAACGACAAGUCUAACCCCAUUGCUGUGCCUCGAAUGACUCCCAUUGCGUCUUCUGCGUCCUACGGCAAGAAGAUUCUGCCUGCUGUGGCUCCCAUGUCGGCCACCAAGUCCGUUCCUCUGGUGCCUAUUGCGCCUCGACCAAAGCCCUCGCAGUCGCAGGCCCCUGUUCCCAUUGCGCCUCUCUCUAAGGAGGCCUACAUUCGCACCAAGAAGUCCAAUCUGACGCGGUUGGUCAAGCAGGAGAAAGAUGAAUAUGACUGGUUGAAGUUGAACCCCUCUACUUAG